AUGAAGGGAAACGGAAAUCAAACAGGCCAAGUUGGAGCUUAUUCCACAGGAUGGAAUGCCCGGAGAAGUUUGAAUCUCCUGAAAUUUAGCCUCAAGCAGCCAAUUACGUUGCCUCACGUCGAUAAUGACACUGAUGAAGAAAUGGAAAUCAUUGAGGAAGAAACUGUUGAUGAGGACACAGAUGUUAAUAUAGAAGAUGAGGCACUCAAACCAGUUGAUGAGGAUAAAUAUAAUAUCACCGAUUGUGGGUUUACAGAAAGAAUAUCAGAGAUAGAACUGCCAAAUAGUGAUUCUUGCGGACGCUACACUCAGGGGGAGUAUAUUCCUUCAAUUCUUGAAAACUUGCCGAAUGAAGAUGUUGCAGCUCAUAAUCACUCUACUGUUCCAACUGACACGUUGCCAGUUCUGAAGUCUCCAACUCCCAGUGUUUCACCAAGGCUGAGCAAUAGCAGGAAAAGUUGUUUCACAUCAACAGAACAUUUGGCUGCAGCUCUUCACCAUGGUCUCGAUGUUAUAGGGAGCCUUCGUCAUAGUGCAGCUUUGGGACGAUCAUCAUUCAGAUUCUCUUGCGUACCAGCUGGUGCUAAAGCAGUUGUACCAGUUGUGAAAGUUGAUGCUGGUGUUCAAACUCUUUUCAGUGAUGAUGAGUCAUCAGAGAAGGAUUCAGGAGUAUUUCUGUGUAGUAAAUGCAAGACUAGAAAUUCCCAGCAAGAGCUUAUAGAAGAAAACAAUGUGCAAAAUAUGCAGUUAGUGCCUGUCAACAAGUUACUAUCGCAUGAAAAAUUGAAGAAAGUUCCCAAAGAAGUUGAAAAGGUAUUGGCUGGAGCUAUUCGAAGAGAGAUGGCACUAGAAGAUAUAUGUGCAAAGCAAACUUCUGAGAUCAUGCAACUUAAUCGUUUUGUCCAACAGUACAGGCACGAGAGAGAAUGUAAUGCUGUAAUUGGUCAAACACGUGAAGAUAAAAUUGCUCGCCUUGAAAGCCUAAUGGAUGGUAUUCUACCAACUGAAGAAUUUAUGGAGCAUGAACUAUUAUCACUGACUCACGAGCAUAAGAUUCUUCAGGAAAAAUAUGAUAAUCAUCCCGAAAUUUUGAGAACAAAAAUCGAGUUACAAAGAGUUAAAGAUGAACUGGAAAGAUAUAAGAAUUUCUUUGAACUGGGCGAAAGGGAUGUCUUAACAGAAGAAAUUCAAGACCUGAAAGGCCAGCUGCAGUUGUAUCUGAAUUCUUCAUCCAAGACAUCUGAAGGACCAGCUCCUCUUCUUCGAUUAGCAUAUUCGUGUGAACCCAGUGUGGCUCCACCUUUGUCGUCUGCUCCAGAGGCAACUGAAGAGAGUGCUGGGGAGCUACUGCGGAAGGAGAGGAAUCAGUGGAUUGAAACUGAGAGCAAGUGGAUUUCUCUUGUAGAAGAACUCAGGUUGGAGCUGGAAUCUAACCAAUCACUUGUACAAAAGCAAAAACAAGAACUGGAUAUGGAAAAGAAACAUUCUGAAGAGUUAAAAGAAGCAAUGCAAAUGGCAAUGGAAGGCCAUGCCCGCAUGCUUGAACAGUAUGCUGAUCUUGAAGUUAAACACAUUCAACUGCUUGCACGACAACGCAAGAUUAGAGAAGGAAUCGAUGAUGUAAAGAAAGCGGCUGCUAAGGCUGGGGUUAGAGGUGCCGAAUCUAAAUUUAUCAAUGCCCUUGCGGCCGAAAUUUCAGCUCUGAGAGUUGAACAAGAAAAGGAGAGGAGAUAUUUUAGGAAUGAAAAUAAAGGGCUUCAGGCUCAAUUGAGGGAUACAGCUGAGGCUGUUCAGGCGGCUGGCGAAUUAGUUGUGCGGCUUAAAGAAGCAGAAGAAGCAGUGGCUGCAGCGGAGAACCGGGCUAUAGUGGCCGAGGAAGAGGCUGAAAGGGCCUACAUGGAGAGAGACAGGUUGGUUCGGUUGCUUGCAGCAGACACUCGCACUCUAAAUGAAGGAUUUGCUGCUGGGGAGGGUAGACACGUUGAUGGUAAUCAGCAAUGGCGAGAGGAAUUUGCUCCCUCUUAUGGCAUAGAAGAAGAUCCCAGUUCAUGUGGUGAUCCUCAGGCCUCUGUCCAACUGAUGACUCCUCUCAAGCUAGAUGGGCAUCCUCAAGAGAGGACGAAUUCAGAAACCAUGGUUGAUGUUGUUGACUAUGCUAUGGCACCUUGCACUCCUGGAUUGGUGGAAGAGCUGAAUCUUUUCUCCUAG